UUACUACCAACUAUAACUAUUUCUUCUCUCUCUCAUUUGGUGCAGGCACUUGAUUGGAAGUUGGAAAUCAACAAAACUUAACUCUCUUUCUCUUUCUCUUUCUCUUUCUCUGCGCUACCUCUGGUUUAAAUUUUGUUCUUUUCACUCAGGGAGUUUCUUCUCCUUCCUCCAGUUAUCAGCUUCUGUAGGAGAGAGGGGAGGGACUGAAUGGUGCGAAAAAUUUAUAAUGCGGUUGCCUCAUUUACCGUUUAAGCCAUGAUAAUGAAGUUUUCCUCACUUGGGUGUUGUGCGAAUUGGUGCAUUUGUUUAGAGGUUUAGGCCGUUACUGGAUCUGCAUUUGGGGUGCCGGAGGCUUGGGAAAAGGUUGAACUUUGAUGGUUUUGAGAGGUGGUAGGUGUGAGCCACAUGAAGAACUUGAGGUGGCACAAGCAAAUUUCCAACAGUGGCAAGUUGGGGAGAAGGCUUUCACUUGGGGAGUACAACCGCGCAGUGUCAUGGUCUAAGUAUCUGGUGUCUCCGGGGGCUGAGAUAAAGGGAGAAGGAGAAGAAGAAUGGAGUGCAGAUAUGUCUCAGUUGCUCAUUGGAUCCAAAUUUGCCUCUGGCAGGCACAGCAGAAUCUACAGAGGGGUUUACAAGCAAAAAGAUGUGGCAAUUAAGCUCGUUAGUCAACCGGAGGAGGAUGAGGACUUGGCUGCUUUUCUUGAGAAGCAAUUCACUUCUGAGGUUUCUUUGCUCCUUCGAUUAGGCCACCCAAAUAUCAUUACUUUUAUUGCUGCUUGCAAGAAACCUCCUGUGUUUUGCAUAAUCACUGAAUAUUUGGCUGGAGGUUCACUGGGAAAAUUCCUGCACCACCAGCAACCAGAUAUACUUCCACACAAACUUGUUCUGAAGUUAGCCCUUGACAUUGCACGGGGGAUGCAAUAUCUUCAUUCUCAAGGGAUUCUUCAUAGGGAUCUCAAAUCAGAGAAUCUCCUCUUGGGGGAAGACAUGUGUGUAAAGGUAGCAGAUUUUGGUAUCUCAUGCUUAGAAUCUCAGUGUGGCAGUGCAAAAGGAUUCACCGGAACAUACCGUUGGAUGGCGCCCGAAAUGAUCAAAGAAAAGCAUCAUACCAAGAAAGUAGAUGUGUAUAGUUUUGGCAUAGUUCUAUGGGAGCUUUUGACAGGAAAAACACCAUUUGACAACAUGACUCCAGAGCAGGCAGCAUAUGCAGUUUCCCACAAGAAUGCAAGACCACCAUUGCCAUGUGAGUGUCCUUGGGCAUUUAGUGAUCUGAUCAAUAGAUGCUGGUCAAGCAACCCAGAUAAGAGGCCUCAUUUUGAUGAGAUAGUUUCCAUUUUGGAGUUCUACACAGAAUCGCUUGAUCAGGAUUCAGAGUUUUUGUCAACUUACAAACCAAGACCUAGUAGUAGUAAUAGUAGUAACACCAUUCUUGGGUGCCUCCCAAAAUGCAAUGCACGCCAUAAAUUUGGUGCCUGCAAAGCUUAGCAUUACUAAUGGAUGCUAUUAUUUCUCAGUUGUGUGACUAUCAAGAAUUGUAUUAUAUCAGAACCUAUAGGAAGAAAAAAGUUUGUUCAAUUAACAAAUGCAAUUCUCUUCCUCUUCAAGACUAAGUAAGAAAAGACUAAACAUCUGUUCCAUCCAUUUCUAUAGUAAAGAUAUAUCAAUUAUUAAUGGCUAAA